AUGACUACAACUUCUAAUAAUAAUAAUGCGGGAGAUCUUCGUGAACAAGGUAAUCAAGCAUUUAAACAAGGUAAAUUUCAAGAUGCAAUUGAUCAAUAUACGGAAGCAUUAAAUCUACUAACUAAUCUUCCAUUAUCUGAAACAAUUAAAAAUGAAUUAACAAAAUGUUAUAGUAAUCGUUCACAAUGUUAUAUUAAUUUAAAUCAAUAUGAAGACGCUAUUGAAGAUGCUACACGAGCACUUGAAUAUACACCUGCUGAUCAAAAAUCUCUAUAUCGUCGAUCAACCGCAUUUGAACAUUUAGGAAAAUUACAUGAAGCUAUAUCAGAUGCACAACGUUUAAUAUCAAUAUCAUCAAAAGGUAGUUCAACUGAUGAACAAACAAAUACUCUUUUAAGAAAAUUACGUGAAAGUGCACAAAGCAAACAUACACAACAAACACAAUUAACAUCUCAAAUUCAACAGAUGUUUGAAGCUAUGAAUACAAAAUCUAAUCAAGAAACAGCAUUGAAUAAUCUUCUUAUCAUAUCACGUGAAGAUGCUGGUGCAGAAGGAAUUCUUGCUUAUGAUUGUGAUCUACAACAAAUAAAGGAAUUUAUUCAAACAAACGAACAAAUUACUGUUCUUGGUAUUAUAAGAGUAUUGGGUUCGAUUGUCAGAAAUUCAUAUAGACGAGCUGAAAUGAUUUAUAAUAAACUUGGCCUACAAUUAAUUGCUCGCUGUUUAGGAAUGAAUGAUACAGAAAUUCCUGCAAGUACAGCUAUUUUAGUUCAUAAUAUGAUUAUGUCAAUAUGUGAUCUUGAAAAUCGUCGAAAAAUUCACAAACCUACAAAUGUACCAUUUAACUUCGAUCAAUCUGUAAUUGAAUUUAUUAAUAAUAUAUUUCGUAUGCUUAAUGAAUUAAUUGAUGAUAAAACGAGUUCAGCUAUUGGUCGUGAUUGUUGCUUUGAUCUUGUUGCUAAAUUUGUUGAUCGAGCAAAUGGUUGUAAUUGGAUCAGUAAAUUUAUUGUCUCAGGUAUUUAUUUAAAUUCAUAUUAUUGA